AGAAGAGGAAAACCACAGCUUCUUCCAUCUCUGGAAAAGCCUUUUGUGAUGACAAGAUCAGCAGUGCAGAUGUAGCAGAGACAGUUCUGGUUUGCUGAUACACCCCAGUGGAGAACCUCAACCAGCAUGAGAGAGUACAGUUUGUUUCUUCUGUUCGUCCUUUCCAUCUUCAAGAAGGGCGUGCAGUGCAAUAGCUGGUCCAUUCACGUCCCGUCUGACGUCACUGGUGAACUUGGAAAGAUGGUUAUUCUGCCUUGCACCUUCACACACCCUUACAAAACCUUUGACCGUACCCUCACUGCCAUUUGGAGGAUCAAGGAGCCAUACAAUGGCACUGUAGUGUUUAAGUGCACCAGCCAGAGUGCCAGUGAGCUCUGCAAGACCGCUGUCAGCUAUAAAAACAAAUACAAACUCUUCGGCAACCCCCGGCACAAAGACCUUUCCAUCAGGAUCGACAAUCUGACCUGGAGUGACAGUGAGAGGUACUUCUGCCGUGUGGAGUUCUCUGGGGACAUCCACGACAAGUAUGAAAGCAGGAAUGGGAUAAAGCUGCAUUUGAUUGCUUCCCCCAGGAUCAUUAAUAUCACGGUCAGUUCCAAUGGGGAUCACACCUUCAAAGCCCGCUGCACCGCCGAGGGUGAACCAGCACCUGCCCUGACAUGGACCAGUCCCCACUCCAGCAACCUCACCUCAGUCACUAACACGAACCACCGCGUCACCAAGGAGCUCCAGUACCUCACACACGAUGGCAAAUACACCUGCACGGCUGUCAACAGCCACGGGAGAGCGGAGGGGACAGUCUACUUCUAUAAAUUCAAGGCAUCCGACAGCUCCUUUUUCCUGAUCCUAAUUUUUGUGCCACUGGGAAUUAAGGUCCUUGUUUUGCUGGUGAUACUGGGCUUGACCCUGUUCCCCAGAGGUCCUUCCACUGCUCCAUCCAUCCUGGCCCGGCCACAGCCACAGGACUCCACCUACGAGAACUUUGACCGCAGAUGCGACGGCAGCCACAGCCUGCCAACAGAACAGCCUGCAGUAAGAUGCAGCUGAAGAUCUGGGCUGUCCCACCCGCACCCACUUGCAUGGUCUGAACCCCUGUCUGCUCUAUACAAAGCUGGAUCAUCUUAGGGUGCCUUUUGCCACUGAACAUAAGACUGUUGUUGACUGAUGAACGGGUCAAGCGAGCCUUGUAGGCGCAUGUUUUCUAUCUCUGUUGAGGCUUAAAAUUAACACAAGACUUUAAAGCAAAGACAGAUUGAAGAAAAAAAAAGAGAGAAAGAAAAUGAAGAGUGGUGGAGCUGGAAAAGCAGAAAAUCUAUGUGAGAUGCCAGUUCUAAUCAACCUGCAUGUUUCUAACCUGCGUCACAAAGUUCUCUAACAGACACAUUCAUGAGUUGUAGUUGGUCCCAUCUUGUGUUGCAGUUUUUCCUGGUGAAAAAUGGCUUCUCAAUAUGGGUAUUUUGGGAUAGAGUUCCACACUGUAUCUGUCUUAUAUUAAAGAAGUUACAGAAAGAGACAUUUUGAAGGGAACUGGAAAUCAAGGCACCCAUGUUGUCCUGUCCAUUAACCUCUUUCCCACAGGCAGGGAAGACAAACAAAGAAAACAACUUUCAUUUCAUUAAAAAAGAAAAAAUUACUUCUAAACAGUUUCCAUCUCCGUGUUACGUGAAAAGAUCCUGACCACCUCUUAGUGACUUCACACUAUUUAUUCAAAGAAAUUGACCGUUUCCAGACAUAUCCAGUGUGAAUGUACUCCAAAAAGACAACAGACUGAGCUUAUGGGACAGAACAGCACAAGUCAUGUUUGGUCUGGUAGACAAAGUUCCAGGAGAGGGCUGCAAAGAGCAGUAGACUGAAAUAUAGGAGGAAAAACCAAAAGAAAAAAAAGAAGGAGAGAAGAAGGAGUGACAUGAGCUUAGGUUUUUACCAUUAGAUUCAAUGCUUCCUGUGACCACCCCAGUGCAGCAGCUCCAAAGCUCUUCUAACAACUCCACUUCUGGUAAGGAGCAUCCCAAGCCGGGAGCACAAGCCUUCUGCUUCAACUGCCACCAAGCCUGUGGUCCUACUUGCAAAUAGGAGCAACCAACGUCAUGCUCCAUAACAACCUGCUAUGCAGGAAGUGUGCCCUGUUGUAUGUUACCUGCAUCUCACACAUUGCCUACUGCCAGCAAAUGUAUAUCACAACAGCUGCGGUCACUUAUAUGAGGAAAACUCAUGUAUUUAUAUGAGGAAACUCACGAGCAGGCACUGAAGAUACGACUUUUGUCUACUUCCCUCUGCACCACCUGCUUUAUCCUCAUUUGGAACAAAAGCUGGAUCGCAUGAUCUGGGUCAGCAGUGAGUGUUGAAAGAACAGAACCUGUGUAUGAACCUACAGCCAUCACAGGGCUCUGUGAACUCUUGCUAAAAUGGAGAAGCAUUAUUUCUGUCAUUAUAUAGAUAAGCUUUCUCAUGGGGUCUGGCCACUAAACCAGACAGCUGUGUCACAGGCGUGUUAAACUCAUGACAUCAAAGACAAGAAUCUCCAAGCCUCCAUCAACUAAGCACCUGCAUGGCAUUCCCCCAUCAUACUUUAAUCUCUGAGAACAAGCAUGUAUUACCAGGU